AUGAUAGAUCGUCCGAAACUCCUUCUGGGUCACUUGACUGUGUGGGAGACCCGGAGAGACACUCGUGGAUCUCUUGAGUGCAGCGGGUUACGGACGACGCGAGUGGAGUGGCCUUUGACCUCGGUUCAGCGCGUGUGUGUGGCUACGGGGGGAGAGGUCGAGGACGAAGGCAAAAUUUUCAUCAUCCAGACCAGACCAUGCCACCCGUGCGGCGAGGCCUAUCUCUACUUCUUCUCGCCGGAACUCAGCUCUCUGCUGGAGGGGCUUCACGAGGCCGUCUCCAAGCUCAUCUCGGCCUCGGCAGCGGACGACGUCUCCCUCAUCAGCGACCUGUCGGAGCUCUCGGGCGCCCUCAGCUCCGUGGUGGUGUUGCCUCAGCGUCUGCCGGACCCGCCCAAGAUGCGCAAGUCCACAUCCGUCAUAGAUCUGGCUCAGAUUCACGAGCUGCAACCUCUGUGCAACAUCCACACUCCGACCCGCCUGAGCAGCAGUCAGUGCAACCUGGCUGAGGAGCUGCGAGGAGAGCCGCCCUUGCCGGGCCGCCUGCUGGGCCACUCCCGCCGCCGGUCGAUGAGCGAGACGAACCUCGCCAAACUCUGCCUGGACGAGACUGACGAAGAGCUAGAGUCGCGUGACGACGACCUCGAAGACGCUGACCUCCGCCAGGCAGACCUCCCUAAAGACCGAACGUCCUCCUCUGGUUCCUACAACUCCUACCGGUCCACAGACUCUGGCGUCCGGCUCUCAGCCUCCCCCUCCACGCACUGCGACGGCGGCCGGUACAUGUCCGAGAACGCCGCCCGCCGCUUUGUCACCAAGUCCGACUCGAUAGACUCUGGCGUCAGAACGAAAGACGAGAACAGGGAGGUGGCGGUGGAGGGCGACGAGGCCAAAAAGGCGGAUCCUCAGGCAGGGGAUGGAAAGCAGGAGCCCUCCAGCCGGCGAGGCAUGAGCGCCCUGGAGGAGGAGCCAGACGUGGAGACCAAGGUAGGCGCAUGGUGCCUGCAGAGCGCAAGGGCCAGGAAGUCCUUCUUCGCUAAGAAUCUAAACGUGACGUGUGCGGCACACAAAGAGAGAAAGAAAGGGAGUUUGAGCAGGACCAUGUCGGAGUCCUACAAGGAAGUGACAGACAAGCAUGACGAGUUCAGGCGGCUCUCGGAGUUCACAACGUCCUCUAAGGCUUGCACAGUGUAUGAGGAAAUAGUAGACGUCCUGAAGCCUCUGACCCAAGCGAACCAGCAAGCAAAAGAGCACGAUUAUGAGGAGCUUGACAAGUGCCGGAGAGAUAUUAAGCGGAGUUACAGUUUCCAGGAAAAGACGAAGCCUCCUCCACUACCUCCCAGGCGGCCGAAGUCCUUCUCACCUGACCCGUGGGCGGAAGAGGCUCUGUCCAAGUCAGGUACUCUCAAGAAAAUAUUUGGUCUUUCAUUUCAAAGCAAAUCUCAUUCCACAGAAAGCAUGCUCGAUGUGAGCUCAGGAUAUGAUGAUUUGUCCACAUUAGGUAGUGAGGAUAUGGCAAUGGUGCAGGCCCUGGGCACUCUGCCUAGAGUCAAGAAGAAACCCGUUGAUAGACGAGAGCGUCAGUCAAGCCGUUCAGCAUCCCCCAAAAUGUCGCCAAAACAGAAGGGUCAGCGGACGCCCAGCACGGACAGCUCCCUCGCGGACGCCUCCACGCCCGAGACGCCCCAGCAGCAGCAGCAACAGCAGCAGCAGCAGGCGUGUCAGCACCGGCAGUACUGGCGUCCCGAGGCUUCCAGUGGUCCCCCUGGCGAGCCUCCCGACGCAAGUGAGGAGGCAGCGGGAGGACACGCUGGAAAAGACUCUUAUGCUUUCCUCAAGUCACCAAAGUUAAUGUCAAAGACUUUUAGCUUCUUAAAGAAAUUCCCUAAAGAGAAAAGUGGCUCUUUAGAGAGAAAACGUAAGUCGGGCAUUAACUUUUUACCACCCCAAGAUCUCUCCACAAAGUUCCCCAACAGUUAUUCAAUGGACAGUUUCGCUGUAGACAAAGGGUCCCAGAGUUGCGGUACGCCCGUCAGGGACACGGACUCGGACUGGGCGGACGCUGACGUCGUCCCCGGGAGCAGAUUGCGCUCCAUGUCUUAUUUGCCGCCUUCCUCGCCAGCCAUAAGGAUCCCCUUCCACUCCCACCACGAUUCCGUGACUACCACUCCUGCGGGAACUCCCACGGGCCACUCCUUCAGUCCCCUUCGGAAACUAAGCUCCCCGCAGCCCCCCACAGAUCCCUCACUGUGGAGGGACGAAGGGGACUGCUGGAAGGAGUGCGACUCUCGCCUCCUACCUGGUGGGUUUCCACCUCCCCCUCGGGAGCCUCCGCCUCCCCCUGCCCCCCAUGAACCUCACUAUGCCAACCUGCCCCACCAUACCCACGACCAGGACUACAUGUCCAUGGACGAAGUUCGAGGGGCCUACAGGAGGAUCUCAAGCGCAUCUGUCGGCGAGGCAAGAAGAGACAGCGGAGGUUACCUGUCCAUGGGUGAGAUCCGUUCCUUCCGGGCAGGUGAUACCCCAGACUGCCCUGGCUGCAGCCAUGUGCCAGGAAGUAUCACGCACCACGACUGCCACCCGGAGCGCGAGGCCAUGCCUGAAGACCACGAGUACAUGACGAUGGAUGACAUCCAGACAGUACUCCACACGGAGUUCCCAGGGAUCUACUCGUCGAAGGAGGAGAAAGAGCUGUACAAACACUGUGGGUACAAGAGCGCCCCCGCCAGCCGCAAGACCUCGUACUCUGAGGGUUCUGAUUACCUCACGCCUCAGGAAGUAGGGCGCAUGAUCCGGAGGGAGGUCCUGGCGAUACGCCGAGGAGGCCGAGAGGUGCCCGUGGAGCACCCACACCACAUGCAUGCCCACGCGCACACCUACGAUCCUCUUCACCACACAAUGGAUCCACACCACCACCAACACGACCCCCACCACCACCACCAACACGACCCACCUCCUCACCACCACCAGCAGGAAUCCCACGUCCACCACCACGACCCCCAACACCCGCAGUAUCACCACCACUAACACCACCGACACUUGGCAAAGGAAACCACCACCAUCAGAAAACAAGCCAAGGCCACUCGACGCCACCCUGGCUCACUCUGCACAAAGACGCCUCUGGACUCUUACAAUUCUUUGGCCUUAAGAUCACCAUGCUCAUGAAUAUGCAUUGUGUGCUUCUUUUUUUACAUAUAUACAUAUAUAUAUAAUUCCCUUGCAACUUAUCAAUGCACCGUUAUGGAUAUAUAUAUAUAUAUACAUCUUUAUGUAUAUAUAAUUAUAAUAAAUGUGUAUGUGCUUCAGAUGGAUGCACAUACGAAACCCAUGGAAGAAGAGGUACGAAAAGGUACUUAAGAUGUUUGGUUGUUUUUUAAAGAUCUUCGAAAGACCUUGACUUUCCCCGUUUGAAUCUACAGCGAUGGUGCCAACAUUCCCCGUGCCAAGACUCAUAGCUGUACCCAAGCUCAAGUCAUACUAGAGAGUGUACAGUUUAGAAUUAUCUACCAUAGACAUAAUUGUCUGAGACAAGAUAGGUAUUGAAAUUCCUCGAUUAUUUAUUUCUGGUAUUCGGUUUUGAGAUCAUUUAUAGCUGAGAAUACCUGUGCUUUGUCUCCACCAAUGCUCCUUCCUCUAUCAUAGCAGGUACGAAUAUGUCAUAAUUUUUUCACAACACUUGGUAUAUUUAGAUGGAUUUCCAUUUGAGUAUAGAUUAGCUUUGUAAAUUUUAUGUGACACAACGACCGUAGGAUUUUAAUAUACAAGCUUUGAGAUGUUUAUAUAGACCUUAUCAUGUUCUCAGAUAUUUUGGAUUGGUGCAGUAUCCCCUCGACUCAAUGCUAGUUUGUUCCAUUCUGUUCGUCGUGAAGGUGCCAGGCAGAAGUGGCACUUGUGAGGAGGGUCAGUCAAGAGUGAAAGUGAAAGUGUGAAUAGGUUUCCAAGAGUUUUUCUAUUUCUCUCUCUUCUCUCUUCGAGUGUGUUUUGGAGAUGUAUCAACACAGAUUUUUCAGAUACUGUGUAUCACUAUUUGUUUCCGUUCAUAUAUAAUACCCAACGCUGCCUUCAUUGUAAUAACCGUGAAUUUCAGAAAGUUUUCUACAAAGUCUUUGGAAAUGAAAAAGUCAUAGUUUAUACUCGCCUUAAACUGUUAUAAUGUUAUGAUAUGAUUUAAACUUGUACGUAUUGAAGAUUGUGAAGGAUGUCGAUUAGUCAGCUUAGUCAUUCCUAAGCUGAGUAGAACUGUUGCCUCACUUCCUCAAUGAUUUAGCAUUGUUGUGUGAUAUUAUGCAGAAGAAAAUAAGGAUGAUUUUAAAGCCUUUGAACUCUUUUUCUGUCAAUGAACCAAAGAUCUUAAGAGUUGUGUGUACGAAGUUCGGUUUUCCUUAAGGGAACGCAGAACUGCCUUACGAAACGGAAGUGAGAUCAGUAUUACUAGAUAUGUAAAUCAGACCCAACUGUGCCAAUCGACUCCAGUAAAACUACACUUCAAAGUGCCAGGCUGACCCACACUGCCUUUAUGCGCAAAGUGCCACUCUCGCCUGUAACCUCACCGCUAGAAUGUUUUCCUCAGAUAGUGUUUUGUGUAGAGCAGACAACCAAGAGGGGUUGGUGUUGUCUGUGUAUUGCGUAUUGUUAAAGGGUGUCUUCUUUGGGUAUACCGCGAUCUGGUCCCUUGUUCAUUAUUAGUUAAGUGAAGGGAGGUGGUCUACUAGCCACUAGCAAGGUACAGGUUCCUUUGCUUGUGAUGGGCGAUGCAUGGUCUAUUGCUGGCUGUUCUGCUAGCCACCUCGGACCACCAGUCAGCUAUCGUUCCGAAACGGACCAGAUGCCGCUAGUGACGGAAAGGGAAGGAAAGUUGUUUUUUUCCCCCAAGAGAAUCUGAUAUAUCUCUGGGACUCAAGACCCAAGUGGAGGAAGGGGAAAGAGUUGUCGGUGUCUGCACUUCAUGUACUUUUUUUUAAUCCAAUCUUAAAUGUGUAUAUCCUGUAAGUGGCUAGGAACACUGCCAUGUGCUACUCCAGAGACAAUACUACAGAUGUACAUUUUAUUACUGACGUAUCACUGAUAGGUUGAGGUAAACUGUUUCGUUAGAACACGAGGAGGGAGUUUCGAACACCAAGACUUCUGAGACCAAGACCAAGCCAGGACGGGCCAAGAAAUCGCACAAUACCUGAGACAAUAUGGUGUGAACUUACAUUGACUUUAGGGCAUUUUUUCCUGUUUGACCUUGUGACCUUCAAGGUGACUUCCAUUGUCAGUUUGAAAUGUUUCGAAGCGUGUUUUCGUGCGCACCUCACUCCCGAAAAAAAAUACAAAUGAUGAUAAUUAACUCCGGAAGUCAUAACCACUGCCUGGGUGUCUCUGAAGUGUCAUUGAUGUUGAUUGUGACUUGCUUCGUGUUGCUUCGGUUGUUUUGGCAUAAUUAUUGGUGUAUUUGUUGUCCUUUCUCUCUCGCUCUCUCUCUCUAUCUCUCUCUCUCUCUCUCUCUCUCUCUCUCUCUCUCUCUCUCUCUCUCUCUCUCUCUCUCUCUCUCUCUCUCUCUCUCUCUCUCUC